AUGGAAAAAAGGAAUGAAGAUGAAGUCGUUUAGAUGAGUGGACAAAUGCGAGCUGAUUCCAAAAUGGAUGCUUCAUCUCCGAAUAAGAAGAGUGGGGUUAAUGAGGGACCAUAUGCCUCGAGAACCAUCACACAUCGGAGGUCUAUGAAUUAUGGAACCCGAUCGAGCAAGUCAUCUUCAGACAACCAUUUUGGGGUCAAAAAAAGGAUCGAGCAGUUUCUAGAAAGUUUCAAUUAUAUGAUAUUUAUGACUGUGGUAACGAUUUAUGCAUUAUUUGGUGAUGAUGUGAGAGUGUUGUCAACAAACAAAGAUGGAGAUGCUGCUUUUUGGGUGAUUACAGCCAUCUGCAUGGGAUUAUUUUUGGUUGAAAUAGUGUUGGCUUCAAUUUGUAAAGACGGAUACAUUCUUGGAUUCUUUUUUUGGUUGGAUUUGUUGUCAACCGUUUCAAUGCUGUUGGACAUCGGAUGGGUCAACGAGGCAAUGUUUGGAAGUGGUGGCGGUGCAGCCUUGAGUGCAGUUUCAUUGGCGAGAGCAGGGAGAGCCUCAAGAGUGGGAACGAGAGCUGGGAGGAUCGUGAGAGUGGUUCGACUUGUUCGGUUGUCUAAAUUGUACAAGCACGCGAAACAGUCCUUGGAGAAGGAAGCAGAAAAACUAUUGGCCGAGGAAAUGAAGGAUGAGAACUUGAUGGAUCAGAACCAAUAAGAGUAAGAACAAUCAAAUCACCAACAACAAAACAAUGACAAUGUCUCCUCUUAAAAGUCAGUAGAUUCAUCUGAGAGACAUGUUAGAGAUCAGGAGGAGUAACCACACAUACAGAAGACUCAACAGCAAAGGACAUCAAUCAUGCUAUAAAACAGAUAGAGCAGUCAAUUGAACACUGAAAUCGAACACAGGUUUCAGCGAAGACAAACCAGGAAAAUAGUAUUGUCCGGAUAAAUUCAAUCUUAAACCAUCAUUCAGAAGAGGAAAUCUAUCAUCCAAAGUGGUGGAAAACCGUUAUAAAGGAUUUCGGAUGAGGGAGAGGUCAAAGAAACCAACAUUGGGAAGGAGCUAACAGAAUUAACAAACAAAAGAGUCAUUACAAUUGUGAUGUUAAUCUUAUUCAGUGUGCCCAUUCUUAAUCUCAGUACUUAUCGAGAUGCUAAUGUUAGUUUCACUACAGGCUUAUAAGCAAUUUAGUAUUGGUCCAAAGACACUGAAAUCUAUAAUUACCUAAUCAAGGAUUUUAUUGUUUAUCAUGAACCUCUGAGAACUGGAUUGGUUUUCUUUAAAAUCAAUUCAACAAUCCUUCAUCCCUCAGAACAGGAAAAUUAAUAUGAAUAUGAGGAUUACAGAACAGCCUCUUUAUAAUAUUACACCUCCACUGACUCUGAUGAUCAAACUGCUGUAUCCAUUUCCAAUACAGUAGCUGACGAUGAAUUGAAUGCCAUCUUAUCAAUUGUAAGAACUAUUUUUGUUUCCAUUGUGCUCUCAGUUGCUGCUGUGUUGUUCAGUAAGGAUGUCUAAGAUUUGAUUCUGACACCAAUCGAGAAGAUGUUGGAAACUGUCAAGAAGAUCUCAGAGAACCCGUUGGUUGCAGCCCAAGAAGAGGAGAAUAAGGCAUUUAUUUAGAUGAUUGAAAAUGGAGAGAUGAAGGCAUUGGAAGACAAGGAGGAUGAGAGAUUGGAAACGGUCAUUUUGUAGAAACUGAUAGUGAAGAUAGGAACUUUGUUAGCACUUGGGUUUGGAGAAGCAGGUUCUUAGAUCAUUGCCUAAAAUAUGGGAGCCAAUGCAUCGAUCAAUCCGAUGUUGCCAGGCAAAAAGGUGAUGGCCAUAUUUGGAUUUUGUGACAUUAGAAAUUUCACUGAUGCCACAGAAGUAUUAUAAUAGGAUGUAAUGGUAUUUGUGAAUGAGAUUGCUGAAAUCGUGCAUGGAGUAGUGGAUUAAUUCUCUGGAAGUGCUAACAAAAACAUUGGUGAUGCUUUCUUAUUGGUUUGGAAGUAUGCAGAGAAUGACUAUUAUCAAGAUGAGGAUGGAAAACUGAGUCUCAAACCCUAUGAACACGUGGCCCAAAUCGCAGACAUGGCCAUCUUGUCCUUUGUUACCAUCAUCACCAAUGUUACUCUAUCCCAAAAAUUAUAGAAAUACAAAUAGCAUGAAGGAUUGAACAAUAGAAUACCCAAUUAUUCGGUGAAGAUGGGAUUUGGAUUGCAUGUUGGCUGGGCUAUAGAAGGAGCCAUAGGAUCUGAAUACAAGAUAGAUGCUUCAUAUUUGAGUCCUAAUGUUAACAUGGCUUCUAGAUUGGAGGCAGCCACCAAACAGUUUGGAUCCAUGAUUCUCAUCUCUGGAUAAUUGAGGGAUGUUGCCACUAAGGUCACCCAGAAGAAUCUAAGACACAUAGACAGGGUUACAGUCAAGGGCAGCAUUGAACCUAUGGACAUUUACACUGUGGAUUUAAAUGUUGACUCCUUGCUUAGAAAGGAACACAAGGCUAAAACUAUACUGGAUCCACAUAAAAAAGACAAGGUUAAGUAAGUUCAUCUCUCAGAGUCAGAUCAAUCGAAAUUAAAAAAAAAAUAAAAAGUAUUAAAAAGAAUGAAAAGAGACAAACUCAAAUAGGCUGUUCUUAAAAGUCAUGUUCUAAUAUCUGAAACUUGGACCAAAGAUCCCAACAUUAAAAUAUCACGAGCUCUUUUUAGAAAAGAAUUCUAUUCAAAAUGGACCGAGGGAUUCCAUUGCUAUCUGUCUGGAGAUUGGGAUAAGGCCAAAUCUAUAUUUGAAGAAACCUUGAACUUCUUGCCUAAUUACAGAGACGGUCCUUCAAACACCCUGCUAAGAGUUAUCAAAGAGGAACCCUAUCUUAGGAAUAACUGGAAGGGUUACCGUGAACUCACAGAAAAAUGA